GUUUUCAGUCCUCUGUGGAGACACAGUGUAUGGGUGCAGAGAUGUCCAGCAGCAAAAUGAUGAAAGCCAUCCGGGUCAGCGAGUUGGGAGCGCCGUCGGUCCUGAAAAUGGCGUCCAUGAGCAUCCCUCAUCCUGGACCCGGAAAGGUGUUGAUUCGUGUUCACGCCUGUGGAGUAAAUCCUGUGGAAACUUACAUCCGGUCUGGGAGCUUUGACAACCCCACCCUGCCGUACACACCGGGCACUGAUGCAGCAGGAGUGGUGGAGGCUGUUGGAAACGGAGUCACUUCAGUGAAGAAAGGUGAUCGUGUCUACACCACAUUGACCGACACAGGAAGUUAUGCAGAAUACACAGUCGCUGCUGCAGAUGCCGUUCACAAGCUGCCUGAUGCUGUAGACUUUGCUCAGGGAGCAGCCAUUGGGAUCCCAUAUUUCACCGCUUUCAGAGCUCUGGUUCACAAAGCUCGUGUCAAAGCCGGACAAACCAUCCUCAUCCAUGGAGCCACUGGAGGGGUGGGUAUUGCUACCUGCCAGCUUGCUCGUGCGAUGGGCCUCAAAGUUCUGGGAUCAGCAGGAACUGCAGACGGGAUGAAGCUGAUUACCAAGAAUGGAGCUCACCAGGCUUUCAAUCACAGAGAAAAAGGAUACACUGAUAAAGUCAUGGCAGCCACAGGUGGCAAAGGUGUGAAUGUGAUUGUGGAGAUGCUGGCAAAUGUCAACCUCAAUAAAGAUAUUGAGAUGGUGGCCAAAAAAGGACAUAUUGUGAUUGUUGGCUCCAGAGGUACCAUCGACAUCGACGGUUGGCAAAUCAUGGCUAAAGAGGCAGUAAUCGUGGGAGUGUUCAUUUUUGACGCUACACGGGAGGAGAACAUCGAGUGUGAAGAGUACCUCUUUUCAGGGAUGGAGGCUGGUUGGCUGCGUCCUCUCGUUGGUCCAAAGUAUACUCUGGACAAAGCCGCCCAGGCCCACACAGACAUCAUUGAGUCCCCUGGUGCUUUUGGAAAGAUGAUCCUGACCAUGUGAUGACAUACCCCAGGUCACAGAAUGGCUGUUUUCAAAAGGAGCAACAAAACUGGUUCAUAAUAUUUAUCUGAAAUCACGUUUGAUUGUUUUGGUAGUCGAGUUUAAUUGCAUAGAAUCUUAAAGUUUACCAGUGGUGACAAUUAUAUGUGCUACUAUGAGGAUCAUUUCAAGAUACAAAUGAUAGUUUUAAGGAUGCUUUCCAUCCAAACUACUACUCUGUCUUGUAAUUCAACCUGGCUGCUAUGAGGCACAUGAUGACUAAAUUGUGUAAUUAGCAUAAUUAGGUCAUUAUCAGGUAAAAUUACGAUGCAGUCCUACGCUAUGGUUUUUGUAAUCAUGAACUUUCAAGACACCAACACGUCAGCAAGCUUUCGUUUUGUUAAUCUAAUAAAACAAAGUUGUUACAUUCAGUA